CGAUCAAAGUCUCCUCACGAGUCAAGCCAUCCCACAUCCACCCAACCAGCUCCUCCUCCCUCUUAUCGCUAACCUCGCCCAUGGCCACAAAAGCGACCAAGCUUGUCUCCACCCUCUUCUUGGUCUCCAUCGUCUCGCAAUUCGCCGGAAAAGCGAGUUCCGAUGUGCCGUGCGCCUAUCCCUGCUACCCGCCCCCCACCGGCAGCGGAACUCCAGUUACUGCGGUGACGACCACGCCGCCUUCUCAAACAGGGUAUUCGCCUCCCGGUUACUUCCCUCCGCCGGCGGGGUAUAUCCCGUUCGCCCCUCCCCCGCCUUAUGGCGGCGGUUUCUAUGUUCCGCCGCCACCCGACCCCAUCUUGCCGUACUUCCCGUUCUACUACCGGAAGCCCCCGCAUCAGACGGAGUCGUCGGCGUCGUCUCUCCGGGAGUCAGCGGUCGUGAUUGCCGAGACUGGCCUUUUGUGUCUGUUGUACUUGGUUCUGAGCUAAGUUUUAGUGAAGGAAUUGUCUUUCCGUUCUAUUCUCUGACGUAAUUAUUGUGAGAUGAGAACUACUAUGUAGAUGUCUACUCCUGAAUUACAAUGUUAGCGA